AUGGCGUCGGUUCAGGCUGCGCCGGCUGUCCAGCAUGCCGGUCCCUCGGGCAUGCCCCAGCAGAUGACGGCCUCUCAGGUGAAGGAGAUGUACAUGCGCUUCAAGCAGAUGCAGGAGCAGGGCGUGUCCCAGUCGGACCCCGAGUAUCAAAAGCUCAACAAGUUCCUGCAUAACGUUCAGCAACAGCAGCAGAUGCAGAAUGCUUACCGCCAGCAGAUGCAACAAAAGCAGCAGAGCGCCGCCAACGUCAACGGUCAGGUUAAUGGCACUUCCCAGCCGCCGCCGUCUGCCCCUCUGGGCACGUCGGCCAUGCCUUCUACCUCCGCUUCGACGGCUCAGCCGAAUGCCUCGUCCCCAUCGACCGGCGCACCCACUGCCCACUUCAAUCAACAGCAGCUGAAUCUACUGCGACAGCAGAUCCAUGCCUUCAAGCUGCUGCAGAAGAAUACUGGCGUCCCGUACCCCAUGCAACAAGCUCUCAACUCUCAACGACUGCGGAGACAAGCCGUCGCCGAACAAUCAGCGCAGCCCUCGUCAGCUUCCGCAACCGCGCCCACACCUGUAGCAGAAUCUGCAAAGGCCGCGUCGGUUGGUCCGGAUGGCGUCGCCGAGCCCGAGGCCCCGGCUGCUGCCGCCGUGAAAGGGCGAGUCUACAAGACAGUCAAGUCACCCUAUGAGGCUGGCCUGGUCAAGAAAGACAUAAGCUACCAUGAACACACCCAGCGGGGGAAGCGUUUGAUCAUACCGAGCAUUCUGCCCACUGGUGUCGACUUCGAGCAGCUUCGUCACGAACGUGAGAUCAUUGUCUUCAAUCGCAUGAAGGCGAGAUAUGCCGAGCUGAAGGCUUUGCCCGGCAACGUCGCCCACUGGGAUUCAACAAAGGACACAAUUGAGCCCGAUGAUACCAUCAAGCGGAAGGCCAUCAUCGAGCUCAAGUCUCUCGGGCUCUACGCCAAGCAGCGCGCACUUCGUGAGAAGAUCGGGCGUCAGAUGAUGCAUUUUGACAACUUGGCCAUGACAACGAAUCGCAGUCAGUAUCGCCGAACCAAGAAGCAGAGCGUGCGCGAAGCACGUAUCACCGAGAAGCUCGAGAAGCAGCAACGGGAUGCCCGCGAACAUCGCGAGAAGAAGAAGCACACCGACUUCCUCGAGUCGGUGCAGCACCACAAGGCAGAGAUCCACAACUCGGCAUCAAGCGCUAGGAACAGGAUGUACAAGCUGGGCCGUGCCAUGUACUCUCAGCACUUCAACAUUGAAAAGGAAGAGCAGAGGCGCAUUGAGCGUACGGCCAAGCAGCGUCUGCAAGCUUUGAAGGCCAACGAUGAGGAGGCCUAUCUUAAGCUGCUUGACCAGGCCAAGGAUACCCGUAUCACCCACCUUCUCCGGCAGACCGACGGCUUUCUCAACCAACUUGCCUCGUCUGUCAAGGCUCAACAGCGACAGGCGGCGCAGCUGCAAGGCAACACCGAUUUCGACGACGACGAGAGCGAACCUGAGGACAUCGACGAGGACGGCGGCAAGAAGAUCGAUUACUACGCCGUGGCGCAUCGUAUCAAGGAAGAUGUUACCAAGCAGGCUGACAUUCUCGUCGGUGGCAGCCUCAAGGAGUACCAGAUCAAAGGUCUCCAGUGGAUGUUGUCUCUCUACAACAACAACCUCAACGGUAUUCUUGCUGAUGAGAUGGGUCUCGGCAAGACUAUUCAGACCAUCUCAUUGGUGACUUACCUGAUCGAGAAGAAGCUGCAAAACGGGCCUUACUUGGUCAUCGUCCCACUCAGCACUUUGACCAACUGGAACCUCGAGUUUGAGAAGUGGGCCCCAUCCGUGACCAAGGUUGUUUACAAGGGUCCUCCAAAUGCGCGAAAGCAGCAACAAGAAAAGAUCCGACAAGGAAGAUUCCAAGUCCUGCUCACCACGUAUGAGUACAUCAUCAAGGAUAGACCCAUCCUCAGCAAGAUCAAGUGGUUCCAUAUGAUCAUUGACGAAGGUCACCGUAUGAAGAACAGCAACUCCAAGCUCAGUGCUACAAUUUCGCAGUACUAUCACACCCGGUUCCGACUCAUCCUGACUGGUACCCCGCUGCAGAAUAACCUCGGUGAGCUUUGGGCCAUGCUGAACUUUGUUCUACCCAACAUCUUCAAGUCCGCAACCACCUUCGAUGAAUGGUUCAACACGCCCUUCGCCAACACUGGCGGCCAGGAUAAGAUGGAGCUCAACGAAGAAGAACAGAUCCUUGUUAUUCGACGUCUCCACAAGGUUCUACGGCCAUUCUUGCUUCGCCGUCUCAAGAAGGAUGUCGAGAAGGACCUGCCUGACAAGACCGAGAAGGUCAUUAAGUGCAAGUUCUCUGCACUACAGAGCCGUCUUUACAAGCAGAUGGUCACCCACCAGAAAAUUGCCGUUAGCGAUGGCAAGGGUGGUAAGGCAAACGCUCGUGGCCUGAGCAACAUGAUCAUGCAGCUUCGAAAGCUCUGCAAUCACCCCUUCGUGUUUGACGAGGUUGAAAACCAGAUGAACCCUCUAAACACCAGCAACGAUUUGCUGUGGAGAACUUCAGGAAAGUUUGAGCUCUUGGACCGAGUUUUGCCAAAGUAUAAGGCUAGCGGUCACAGAGUUCUCAUGUUCUUCCAGAUGACUGCCAUCAUGGAUAUCAUGGAAGAUUUCCUCCGCUUCCGUGGCAUUCAAUACCUGCGUCUCGAUGGUACCACAAAGUCUGACGAACGUUCGGACUUGUUGAGAAUCUUCAACGCACCCGACUCGCCGUACUUCAUGUUCCUGCUUUCCACCCGUGCUGGUGGUCUUGGUCUGAACUUGCAGACUGCCGACACAGUCAUCAUCUACGACUCGGAUUGGAAUCCUCACCAAGAUUUGCAAGCCCAGGAUCGUGCUCAUCGUAUCGGUCAGAAGAACGAGGUUCGAAUCCUGCGACUUAUCAGCUCCAACUCCGUAGAGGAGAAGAUCUUGGAGCGUGCUCGGUACAAGCUCGACAUGGACGGCAAGGUUAUUCAGGCUGGUCGGUUCGACAACAAAUCUUCCGAGACAGAUCGUGAUGCUAUGCUCCGAACCCUUCUGGAGACUGCUGAUAUGGCCGAAUCAGGUGAGCAGGAUGAAAUGGACGAUGAGGAAUUGAACAUGAUUCUUGCCCGAAAUGACGACGAGCUUGUCCUCUUCAACCAGCUUGACGAAGAACGUUCUCGAGACCCUCUUUAUGGUACCAUUCCAGGUACCAAGCAUAUGUCGCGUUUAAUGACCGAGAAGGAGUUGCCUGAGAUCUACUUGUCCGAGGGCAAUCCUGUGGAAGAUCAACAGGAGGAGAUCCUCGGCCGUGGUGCUCGUGAGCGAACCAGGGUUAAGUACGAUGAUGGCUUGACUGAAGAGCAGUGGCUCAUGGCUGUUGACGACGAGGAGGAUUCUCCAGAGGCUGCCGCCGCACGGAAACAGGCGAGGAAGGACAGGCGAGAGACGAACAGGCUCAAGCGUGCGGCUGUUCUCAAUGCUUCUGGCGCGAAUUCACCGGUUGCUAGUAGGGCCAGCACAGAAGAGGUCGAGACUCCACCCAAGAAGCGGGGCCGCAAGCCUGGAAGUAAGAACGAGAAGCGCAAGGCUGACGAGGAAGACGGCGAGCCUCCUGCCAAGAAGCGCCGUGGGCCCGGUGGACGUCCAAAGGCUGUGGCAACUAACGGAUCUGAAUCGCGAGUCCCUGCUGAAGUACGCCCUGUAUUACAAAAGACCCUGCGCACCAUCUACGACGGACUGAUGUCCCUGGAAGCCGAUGACCCUGAGCCCGAAGACAAGGAAGAAGAUGACGAGGAUGACGAGCCACCCAAGCGUCUGAUCAUCGGACCGUUUGUCAAGCUGCCUUCUAAGCGGGACUAUGGCGACUACUAUGUCAUCAUCCAGAACCCAAUCUGCAUGAACAACAUCCUCACCAAGAUGAAGAAGGAGGAAUAUAACUCUAUCAACGACAUGCGGAGGGAUGUUGUCUUGAUGUGCAACAACUGCAGAACUUACAACGAUGAUGGCAGUCUGCUCUAUGCUGACGCGAACGUCAUGGAGAAAUUUUUCAACACCAAGGCGCAGGAAGAGCUGACCGCACACCCAGAGCUAGUUGAGCUUGAUGACCCAUCGGCGAAGGAGAGCAGUGCUGCUCCGACCACCAGCGCGGGCACCCCUCAACCUGUGACCAACCCUACGAGGAUAAAGCUGGUGACAAACGGUGCAAGCCAGGCAAACGGUGGCCCGAGUGCUGCUCAAAGUGACGGCGAAUAG